CCUUAGCCUCCUGCUUGUAUUUACAGUACCUAUCGCCAGGAACCUUGUGCUGCUGCCCUCUUGGUGUUGCUGAAGGUCUGACUGGGCACCACAUCUUAAAGCCAGUUGCUGCUUUCCUGAACACGAACGCAGUUUUUGACAACAUCUCCUCAAAUCGACCCGAGGUUCGGGCUCUAUCGGAAUUGUUGUCCUUCGCUUCGCGAAACUCUGAUAUUUUUGGCUCCCGAAGCGGAGCUGCUAUCUCCUUGCAUUCAAGCCCCGUAUAAUCUCUCUGGCUAAAAGGAAUGGCGUGCUCCAUGGCGAUGAUGCAAGGAGCCAAAUGCGGCCUUUCUCUCGCCGCUGCACCUGAGGCAAGGGCGGCGCCCCCCACUAUCGCCGCCUCCCGAGUCCCACUUCCCGUCCGUUCCGGCGCAACAGCGGCGGUCAGCUCCAGUUUCAAGGACUCGUGGUUCGGGAAGACGCAUCUCGGAUGCAAUGACAUGCGUGUCGUUUUUCAAGCCAGCAGAAGCGCCGGCAGCAGCAGCACGCGGGCGGCGGGCAAGGGCGUGCUGGUGGAGGCUUCGCUCAUGGGCGUGGGCGCGCCCGAGGCUCUGGUGAUCGGCGUCGUCGCGCUGCUGGUGUUCGGCCCCAAGGGACUGGCCGAGGUGGCUCGCGGCAUCGGCAAGACGCUGAAGACGUUUCAGCCGACGAUUAAGGAGCUCCAGGAGGUCUCCCGGGAAUUCAGAGACACGCUGCAGUCAGAAAUCGGAAUCGACGACAUCAGGAACCCGCCGCCCCCUCCCCCCACCCCCGUCGCUGCCCCUCCCGCUGUUCCGCCCACUGUUUCCGCCGCCGUCGCUGCCCCCCCCGCUGCUCCCGCUGCGACCACCCCUUCCGCUGCUGCGCCGGCUGCCACAACCAUCCCGAGGGAGUUCUCAGCUGAUGACGUGGCCAAGGUGACAGAGCAACAGCUGGCGGCCGUCGCCUCGCUCAAUUCAGUCACUGACGAGAUGAAGAAAGCAUCUGCAGCUGCUGCUUGGGCUCCUGCUGCUCAAGACGCUGCUGCUGCCGCUGCCGCUGCUGCUACACCUGCAGCUACAACGGCAGCACCAGCAGCAGCAGCAGCAGCUGCAACACCAGCAGCACCCGCAGCACCUGCAGCAGCAGCAGCACCGGCAGCAGCACCAGUUGUAGAUUCAGCAGCUUCUAGCUCAGCCGUUCUGGCUGCUGAUAGCAAGGCACCUCCCAGCUAGCUAGAUUAUCCACUAUAGAGAAGACAACUAGUUGACAAGUGUGGAGUGCAGAUUGGUUUUUAUGUUUUGCACCUUUUGUACUAAAAUUCUAGGUUUGGUGUGGUGUGAUGGUGUGUGCAGCUUUUAUGUGUGCAAGUCU